AUGACUUUAGCUUGCUGCGUGUGUAUGGCCAAAUAUCCUGAUACUCUACAUAAGAUCGGAGCCGUAUACGAUGAGAUGACCUACAUGCAAGUUCAUGACAUACUCCACUUUCACCGUAAACAGCUUGAAUUCAAUGUUGACAUGGAAACCAGUACAAUUGACAUUCAGGAUAGCUUCAUAAUGGGAAAUACACUUUGUUCCUUCCUGGAAAAAGGAGUUCUUGCCAUACACGGUCCCAUCUCGUUAGCAUCCAUGGACAUCUUCCGCUCCUACACGGAUACAUUCCACAUCCCGUCAAUCAGCUCUAACGUGGCCGUCAACGAUUCGGCUAUGACGUCAUCGUCACUUGUUUCCGGAGAUCGCAAGGGCUUUCAGUUGUACGUUAAGCCUCUUUAUUCAAAAGCUAUAUUGGAUCUUUUGAAGCAUUAUAACUGGAAAGAAAUAUGGUACCUGUAUGACUCUGACGAAGGUCUGGACCGCCUACAACAGCUACUGGACUGCAUAGCGGACCACAACUACGACGCCAGGGUCUACCUCUACAAGGUCUUGAACCCUCACCAUGCCAUCGACACACUCAACCAGCUGGACAACAGAAACUCGGAAGGGAGGAAAAUAUUCCUGGACAUGUCCACUGAAGAUUGCGAAUACGUGCUGAAGGAGCAGAACAAGGAAACAAAGAGCAUGCUGCACCACUACUUCAUCGUCGGCCUAGGAAUACAUGAGAUGCAGUUGGAAGUAUUCAACAAUGGGGGUAUGAAUCCAUUUAGCUAUGGGAAGGAAAUUAUGGCGGCGAUGCGAUCAGUUGAGUUCGGUGGCAUAACGGGUCCCGUGAAGUAUGACGAGAACGGAUUAAGAGUCAACUACACACUCGAUUUGCUGGAGAACAGCUUAAGCAGGUGCCUCGCGAAGAUAGGGCACUGGAGUACGGAGUCAGGUCUGAGCAUCCAACCGCCCGAAAAAUUGAAAAUGUUCAAAGGCAACAACACGUUUGCUAACAAGACUAGGAUUGUAACAUCCAUAUUGACGGCGCCGUAUUUAAAAGAACGCCCCCAGCCAACGAACGGGACGAAAUGGGAGGGGAACGACAGAUACGAAGGGUAUUGCGCGGAUCUGGCGAAAAAAAUUGCGGACUUUGUCGGGUUCACCUACACCAUUAAACCCGUUAACGAUACGAAGUAUGGACAAAAAGGUGAAAAUGCGACUUGGAAUGGUAUGGUCGGAGAGCUUAUAAGACAUGAAGCUGACCUGGCCAUUGCUCCGCUAACGAUAACAGCAGAUAGAGAACAAGUCAUCGAUUUCAGCAAGCCAUUCAUGAGUCUCGGAAUCUCAAUCAUGAUUAAACGGCCUCUGAAGGAUCCGCCAGGCGUCUUUUCGUUCAUGAGCCCACUUUCGAACGAGAUAUGGAUGUGCGUGAUAUUCGCUUACAUCGGAGUCAGUGUUGUGCUCUUCCUGGUCAGUCGGUUCAGUCCGUUCGAGUGGCACAUUGAAGAUCAUACCGACGGACCUUCGGUGACGAAUAAUUUCACCAUCUUCAACAGUCUGUGGUUCUCUCUGGGGGCAUUCAUGCAGCAGGGUUGUGAUAUUGAACCCAGGUCGGUGUCAGGCCGCAUAGUUGGUUCGGUGUGGUGGUUCUUCACUCUGAUCAUCAUCUCUUCCUACACUGCUAACCUGGCUGCAUUUCUGACGGUGGAAAGAAUGCAGAGUCCCAUUGAAUCUGCUGAAGAUUUAGCAAAACAGACGGAAAUUAAAUAUGGAAUGGUUCAUUCAGGAUCCACCAUGGAGUUCUUUAAGCGCUCGACUAUCCCAGUGUACGAGCGAAUGUGGGCCUUCAUGACCACUACAGAACCGUCGGUAUUUGUCGAGACGAACGAGAAAGGUGUUGAGCGUGUGAGAAAUGAGAAGUACGCUUUUCUCAUCGAGUCAACUACAAACGAUUACAUCAACCAGAUAGAACCCUGUGAUACCAUGAAAGUUGGAAGCAACCUCGACUCAAAAGGAUACGGCGUCGGUACGCCACUCGGUUCGGAUUUAAGAGAUCGGAUUACACUGGCCGUUUUAGAGUUGAGCGAAAAUGAAGAACUGGCAAAGUUGGAAAAGAUGUGGUGGUAUGACAACAGCAAAUGUCCUAACAAUGGCGCCAUGAUUAAAAAGCAAGAAGUGACAAGUUCGUUGGAGCUACCGAACGUGGCAGGCAUUUUCUACAUUUUGAUGGGCGGACUGACGUUGGCAUUAGUUAUGGCUACUUGUGAAUUCCUCUACAAGUCGAAAGUCGAGGCUAGAAGACGAAAGACGACUUUUACGAACGCUGUUAAAUCCAAAGCACGCCUCUCCAUAACUGGAAUGCCGGAAAGACAGGCUACUUCGUACACGUACGCCCCGACGGCUCAGCUGAUCAGUUUGGACGGUUGGGGAGAAACGAACACUCAAACCCAAGUUUAAUGAGAAAAGAGAUUUCACCGGACUGUUGUGGUUGGUGGUGGCAAGUAAAAUACGGUACGAAGUAAAAAACGCCGUAAUGAAAUAAGACGUGAAAAAUAUACUUACGCCGUGAUAAACUAAAGUUAUUAUUGACGACAUACGCGAUAUUCAGGACGUUUGCUUUUUAUGGUACGUUUUCUCGAUACGUGUUAAACAUACGUAAAACAAUUUAUUGGAGUGUUUGUGAUUAUUUUCAUUACUAUUGCUACUAUUAAUUUUAUUUGUAUUGUUAUUCGUAAAGACUGAACAAAUUCGUGACUUGAAAACUGAAUGAAUGUGGCCAUAGUUUUUGAAACGAAUCUACUUCACUGCUACAGUUUGAUGCGUUUUUCUGGAGGCGAGAUUGGAUCCGUUUUAUUGUCGUCUCGAUGAUAAUGAUUAUCUUGACGGCGUUGAUCCUGAUGACGAUCUUGACGAGAACAGUCGUCAUCGCUAUCACGGGAAAAUAAAACAUGCAGAGGUAGGUGGAAACUAACGCACAUCAUCUCCUUAUUGGGGGCCACAUUUCUAACUCUCCGCACCCCUGACUUAAAAAAGGUCAAAAGGUCAAGGUCGAGCGACUGCUUGACCCGUGUAAUGACGUCACUUUCCGGGUCGACUGCUUUACUGAAGCUGUAGCAAUGUAUAAUUAUGUUACUGUUUAUGCGGCUAGCCAUAUAAUAAUUAUUAUUAUCGAUAUUAUUAUCAUAAUUAUUAUUAUUACUAUUAUUGUUGUUAUUAUUAUUUUUACCCUUACAAACGGCGGCCGUAGGUGACGCAAAAUUAGUUACUGAAUCAGAAGUAGUGGUCGCAGUUGUCAUACUAGCAAUGGGAGUGUGAGGAUUAUUAUUAUUAUUAUUAUCAUCAUUAUUAUUAUUAGCAGCUGCAGCAAAAGUAGCGGUAGAAGUAGCAGUAGUUGUUGUGCCAAAAAAAUUAACUUCUUUGUUGAUGGGAUCUGGUUUUAAGACUUGCAAAGGCGAAAGACCAAUUAUAAGACCUUUAAAUGCAUCCAGGAAUUCAGUUGCCAACGCUGGUAAAUUCAUCACGACGUGUACGUAGCCACGAUUACUGCCGCUGCUGUCGCUGGCGUUAGCUGAUGAGCUGUCGUUUUCUUUAAUUAAUAUUUUCUCUUUUAAGAUAACAUCUUUCAAUAUGGUGCCAAUAAACUCUCUUCCAUCCAAAUUAUAAACAUUGAACUUUUCUGGACAUAUCUUAUUUAUAUUCAUGUUUCUCUUCAACCAAUGAAAUGAGUCCGGGUUAAGAUCAUUAGCAUAAACAAGACAGCCCCUCUUAGCUGCUGGUAUAACAAAAGGUCCAACUCCAGCAAAGACAUCAAAAACUAAGUCACCAGGCUUCAAAUAUUCAACUAUUCUUUGGUGUUCUGUGGCUAAUCUAGGAUUCCAAUAAACUUUAGAGAAAUCAAAUUCAUAAGUGACUCCAUGUUCUUUCAUCAUAGUCUUGUAAUCCUCAUCUCCAGCUAACAACUCCAUUUUAAAAUUUCUAAACGUGUUGUCGAUAGUCUGAAGUUUGUUUACAACAGUUCUAACUGCACUG